AUGGAAUCCGAUGAAGAAGACGACACCCUGCUGGAGCAUGAGUCUAAGCAGCACAGCGAUCAAAGGCGGGUUCAAUCGUUGCCUGUUAGAGAGAGACUCAUUUGGAUGUUUUCUAUCUGCGGACUUUGUACUAUCUUUGCACUCUGGGUCACGGUCAGAAGCGAUUUUGAACUUGCCCCGAUAUUUAACGCUGAGCCGAUGCGGAAUCCAUGUGGUAACAGUCCAGAUAAAGCGAAGAAGAGGGGCUGCGAGUGGGAUGUUCUUUCCUUUUGUUGGCUGCCACAAGAGUGCCUUGACCAGGAAAUUACAGAGGAGUUUCGGAAAGCUGGCCCUUGGACGUUUUAUGGUGACGAGAAUAGAACCACAGUGGUAAGCGAAGAGGAAUUUGGAAUGGAUACCAAGAAGGUCUGGCUCACGAAUGAGCUGCAUUCGACGCACUGCGCUUUCAGUUUGUUGAAGUUUCACAAGGCUUUGUCAAGUGGAAAAAUGGUCCAUGGACAACUGCCAUUAUCACAUACGCAUCACUGUUCACAGGUCCUACAGUCGAAGGGUGACCCUCAGGCGAUUGAAGUCUAUGCAAUUAUACAAUAUCCUGGCUGUGGCUACUUCUCACAAAGUUUUCCGGGAAUUAGUUAUUCGGCCAAGCCGAGCGGCGAGCUUGGGUGA